GUCGCCGAUCAGUCGAGUUGAUGACCACCAAUCCGGGGAAGAUUGAGUGAUCAUGCUGAAUGGAAAAUUCUACACGGGCCUGCCGCCCAAAAUGGAGGAGCGUCAGGGGGUGAAGGUGUGCAAUCGUCAGGAGUCCCACUUUUACUGGCCAGAUGAUUCUCUAGCCGAAUCCGCGGUGGAAAAUCGAGUGAGGAGAAGGAAUAGCCAGCAGUUGGAAAAGCCAGUGGAGAGGAUUAUUUCGGUUCAGGACUCUCCCUCUGAAGUGGACACACGGCGAAUGUUCCACAAGGAGUUUGCCAGCUCAUCCAUACAGUUUUAUGACAAUCUUCAGUCAAAUCCAAGCAAAAGACCUCCAUUGGAAAGAGGACUUCGCAGGGAGUUGACCCCCAAACUCACUGAAGUCAGAGCCCAGGAAUUGGAUAACAAGGCUGAGGAUACAAGCAAUCGUCGUCAGCAAGCUUACAGCUCUAAAAUUCAAUUCUACGAUUAUGUAAACGAAGCAGAUAAUACAACUCAAAAUAAUGUGAGAAGACCACAGAUGGAUUUCAAUGACAAACGUGAAGUGGAAUUGAAUACCAAGAACAGCCCUAAGUUGCAGGUGAAAAGAAAUGUGCGCAGUUUCAGUGUGGAACUAGAGCCCAAGGUCACCAAGAAACCUCUGAACGACAGCCCCGAAUGGCGGCGACCACGCCCACUGCCACAGCCCAAAAAGAUACUCAAGCAAACGCAGGCACAGGAUCAGGAUGCCUUUGAUUGCUUGGAAAAUCGUGUGCGACGAUUGCAAUUAACCAGAAGUCCUGGUUUGCCCAAAAAGCAUGUGACUUACAACGAAGAGGCUGCGGAAUAUGCCUACUACGAUGAUCGUGAUGAUAUUGGGGAACCCAUGAACGACACUCGCCCCCGUCAGCAGCCAAAUAUGCCGACAGGAAGUCGCCAGCAGCAACAGCGACAACAGCAACAUCACUCCCAGCAGCAACAUCAGCAUCAGCGACAGCAGCAGCGUUCGUUUAUGGAAACUAGUCGAGCCAAGCCAUUAAAUAAUAAUAAUAAUUACCAGCCCAACGCAAGCGGUAGGAAAAUCUUGCCAAAAUUGCCAGAGAGCCCAGUGGCAAAUAUACAUAUGGUCGACGAUGAUCCCCCUGUCCCCUCUGACCCCCGCAAACACCUGCGCAGCAGCCUCUGCUUCAGCGGCGACGCUUUGAUGGUGGGCGGCCAGGCCGCUCAGUCGACUGCGCAGGCGCGGCGCAGCUCCGCCGGACAGAGAAUCAGCGUGGGUCUGCCGGACUGAGAGCUCCAAUUUGCAUGCUUGUUCAAUGCAGCUACACAGGGAGAAAGCAUCAUUAUCUACACAAAUUAUCCACAACAUACAAGGUAUAAAUAUAUUAUCGUAUCUUCGUAAUGCGAUUUUCAAUAAAAAGUUAUUGAAAUUGCAAGACAAGUUUGCCAGACAACAUUCCCUAAAAUAUUUAUAGAUUUUCUUGAUAUCAAAAAGUAUUUAAGAACUAAUAUUGAGAAACAUCAAUUCUUAAAAACAACAAAUUCGAAAAAAUUAAAAAAAAAAAUUUUUUAAUUAAAAAGUAUUACAAAUAUGUAGGUAAAACUUAUACAAUAAUGCAUUUCGGAUUCGAUAGUAUAUUUUUCCCUGUGCAGUAAGUUGACAGAAACAACCUGCAAUGCUAAUUGAAAAGAACAGCUGAGAAAAACGCAGACUGCGGCGACUGCAGCAACAUCAGCAGCACAACAGCAACAUCAACCCAAAUCGACAGCAGCAACAUCUCUAUAGGCACGGCAGCAACUCAACACAUUGUAUGAGUUUUACUUUUACGAUCGUCUGCUUAACUUUGACUUCACCCACAUGCGAAUGAAUGUGGCGGUUUUUGUUACUGCUUGUAGCCAUAUGCGGUUUAAUAUACAUAAACAAACCUUGAUCUUGACUAAUUUGUGAGCAUUGCUGUUGUUGUGCAAGCCAAUCAUGUAUUAAUUCAGCUUUUAAAGCCAACGCAGAAUAAUCUAUAAUUAUUAUAAGAGAGAUAUGCUAAUAAACUGAUACAUAACCAAACGAAUUUCGAAUUUGGAAGCAUUCAAUUAAGCCUUAAACUUAUUAGGUAUAGGCACGAAAACGUAUAUAGACAAACCGGCUGAAAUUUUGUUAUAUUAAGAUUUCUCUAACUAAUAGAGGUACAAAAUUUAGGAGUUAAACUAAUAAAGAAAUGAAACGUAUAAUC